AUGCGUCUGCACCGAAGCAUCGAGCCUGAGGACACAAAAAUGGACGAGGAGCCAGAUCUGUCCUUUAUCGACGAUGACCCGCUCACAUUCUUCCUCGAGCCGGCGCCGCUGCUCGACGGUGGUGAGUCGGAGGAGGACACCGACAUGAUGGACUUUGACGCCGGCAUCGAGGACGUCAAGCAUCCGCCCCCUAUUGUCCGCAGCGUCAGUCCUUCCAGCCUCGAGGGUCUCGGCCGGCCACCCGUCAGGCCCCCAACGCCGCCGCGCUCGCCGCCGUCGCGCAACUCUCCAGAGGUCGCCACUCCUGACUACGAGGAUGACGGCGAGGACUACAUCCGCUUUGGCAAGCCGGCCUUCAGCCUCCCAUUCAGCCUGCGCGAGUUCGCCGUCACCGCGAAGCGCGAGAAGGAGCGGCGCGACAAGGCCCUCGCCGCCGACAUGAUGCUGUCGUCAUCAGCCGGCUCCCUUAGCGUCCCGAAGCCGUCUGCUUCCCGGGGCCGCCCGGUAGCCCGCCCGGGUCUCGGGCGUCGCACCCGCAGCUGGUCGUCUAGGCAAUCUCCACACGCGUGGCGCGAGCCUAGCCCUGAUGUCUGGUCUAUCGAGGAAGAGCAGGAGGAGGAACUGCUGAGCGAUGUGGGCAGCAGCGUUGCUGCGGACGAGAUGGGAAGCAACACCAAGCCGAUAGAUAUCCCGGCUGCGAAGCCGAAGAAGAGGGUACGCUUUGCGUUCCCUGUGCGCGAGGAGAUCCCUUGA